ACCUCUGCCCUGCACCACGUGCUAGCAUUCAGACAUCAUGUUACAAAUAGGACAAAAGGUCCAGGUCCGAGGAGAUUUCGGGGUGGUGCGGUUUGUGGGAACCACAGAGUUCUCCAGCGGCGUAUGGGUAGGCGUGGAGCUAGACACGGCGGCGGGCAAAAACGACGGUGCGGUCGGCGGCCAGCGGUACUUUGUAUGUCUGAAGGAAGGAACCUGUGGGAUAUUCGUGAGGCCAACAGUGGUGAAACAUGUUUCCAGGCGCUCAGAGACUCCCAAAACAGAGGUCUCGCCUUCUGAGGGCUCCUCCCAGUCGUCAGACACUCUCAUAUUGUCUGAGGUUUCGCCCAGGCCUGAUGAAAUCCACAUUUCCGAUUCAUUUAAAGAUGACGACUCCAAAUCCGAGAUUAACCUAAGGUUACCUGGGGAUAGCAACCCCAAAUCUCCUGUUGGUAUCAAUGACAAAAGGCUAAACAGUUCCCCUGAAUCCCGCGUGGAACACCCCCUUGAGACGGCUGGCUUGUCUCCUACCCCCCCGGUUUCUCUCUGCUCCAAGGAAACUGACCACCACCUCCAAACCAUCAUACAUACCUUGCAAAAAAAACUACACGCGAUUCACUUGGACACCGAAUCCUAUAAACUACAAGUCUCCACCCUCAACUCCGCUAAUAUCACCUUGAAGGAGAAGUUAGCAGUGGCAGAUGAAAGCCGCGAGUUGGAUACAAUUAGCAGAGAGCUUCUCGAAGGUGACCUCGAACAGCUUCAGGAACGCUACGAUGACCUCCUUUCCAAGUAUGACGACUUACAGUUGGAGUUUAUCGACCUUCAGGAGGAGCUCCGGCUCCAGGAGGAGCUCGAGGAAGGAGACUCAGACGUUACUGCGCUUAGCAAGCGCAACAAGUUGUUGGAGCUGGCGCUCCUCAAGUUGAAAGACAUGUCCCAACAGAAGGAACUGACCUUGCUAGGCCAGCUUAGUCAGUACGAGGUAGGGUAUCGACGGUCGGUGGAGCUUGAGGCGAUGUAUUCAGAGGCUUCGCAGCGCUUGGAGCGCACCGAGAGGUUGGUGGAUGAGCUUAGGGGCCAGCUAGAGCUCGUGCCCCAUUCUGAGACCGUGGUGGAUACCCUCACGGAGCGCAAUAUAGAACUCGCAGAGAAAGUCUCGGCUCUUCAGCUGACGGUUCUGGAGCUAGAACAAAUGCAAGAAGUAGACAGAGACCUUGAAGCGACGCACUUAGAGGUGGAGGGUGAUUUGCGGGCGGAGCUCAGCGCCUUGACCCGUCAGCUAGCUGAGUCGUCUCUGGUCAUCGAUGAACUUCGGGGUGUGAACAAUUACAUGGACAAACGGCUUGCCAGCAUGAAUGCUGGGACCUUUGAUAAACCAGCCCGGGAAGAAAAUGAUAGUGAAGGCCUAAGUCGGGAGAUUACGCGCUUGAAACAGCGGAUCUUCGACCUUGAGUCGCGCGCGACGGAGGCCCAGAUCGACGCUGCGAUUGCUCAGUCCGAAGUCCCAAUAUUAAACGAGUUGGUCGGGGCUCUCCGCGGGCUCACGGCAACCGACAGAAGGUUUGAUCUCUGUUAUGAGGCCAGGCUCGCAGCCAACAAAACCCGGUGUUUGCUGGAAGUUCUCCCUCUCUUCGAAGACUAUCCCCCUACGAUUAUUGAAAUGAUUCGGUUACAGCUUACGUGUGUGCACGCGGCAUGCGAUCUCGCACGGUACCACUUGGAGUUUGGCGUGGAUUGUCUGCUGUUUGUGCGCGAUAUAGCAGCCAGGGUGGAAAUGCUAGUCAGCAGCGCACGGCAGAACCAGCUAGAGGUGAAGAUAACCCAAGAGAUCCACCGAGAGUGUGAAUUGUUCUGUGAGCUGCUCACGCUGAUUCCUAGGGAGCAUCUCUUGUACCGCGUGCGCGAGGCAGCUGCGUGCAAUGCGUAUUGCUUAGUGUUGGCCAACCGCGUUGCAUUAGAGAGACCUGGUUUGCUGAACAAAAUAGAAGCGAAGUCGAAGUUGGUGCAUAAAUUACAAACCACGGGGGAAGUGCUCGCGGACGCCCUUGGGGUGUUAGUGAAGGCACAGUCGGAAAUGUGUGGUGUUGAAGGUGAAAUGUCCGGGGAUUAUAAACCUCUUCUUGCGUAUCUCACGGAAGAGGGCAACGCUUUGGAUUUAGAUGCAACUAUGAUUUCCGAUGAGCCAGUCUCGGUGCUUGAGCCAGUUCCGGUGCUUGAACUUGGGAGCUUGGAAAGCGAAUGGCGGUUUCUCGAUACCAUCAAAGCCUCAUUGUCCACCCUUGUGGUUGGUGGCCAGGUUCCUCAGAAAGCGGUCUGGAACGUUGAGCAGGAGAUGACAACCGAUGAUACUGAAGUGACUGCGCUUAGGCUACAGGUACAGGAGAUAACUCACAAGUUCAGAACUAAAGAGCUCCUUAUCGAAGAGCUUGGCAUAAAGAUCCAGGUGAUGGAUCAUAAGCUUGCAAAAUCUAAAGCCGUGGAAGCCGAACUAGCCGAGGCACGGAAAAAUCUCGCGCGAUACGAAGCAGAGAACGUUCAGGUUGGCAGCCAUGUGAAAGAGCUCUUGCAGAAGAACCAAAUCUACGCGCAGGCGCUUAAGGAGUUGAAGAAUAAGUCAAACCGCAUCGUAGGAAACUUCCACGACAUUUACCAAGAGAAGGAAAAGGCCAGCCGGAACUCCUUAAUCAGCGAAAUCCACACCUUGCGGAGAAUCAUUCUGCGUAGUUGCGAGCUCUCGUACGACCACACAGACUUAAAGUGGCUCCAGCAAGACUUGUCCCCCGCGAAACUCUGUCGCGGCUAUAGAACCCGGUUCAAUAUGCUUGGACGAAGCUUGGUGCGGGCCAUUGAACGCUACGAGACCAUCCCCUAUGCUGACCAGUCGUCCAAGACAGCACUGCGAUACUAUCUCAGCCGCAUGGAGGAGGACUACAGCUGGUAUCGCCUGGAGAGGGAGCUGCUCUACUAAAGGUCAGCCUAUCUGUAGAUCCCAUUCGGAUUGCUAUUAUAGAGGGAUUAAAUUCUGUGUAAAGUUGUUAAAUUGGUGUAACUUGUAAUGUUCUAUAGGUUGUCAUUGUUGGAGGUUUAGAUUGUAUAUAUGGACGGUUCUCAAGAGUAUCCAUUAAAUUGA